AGUGCAUAUAAAUAAAUAAAACAACGUGUAUUGGUUUGGUUAUCAUCAAAUAUAUAAUUUGAAUGUCACAAGAAUUUACGUGAAGUGACGGUUGACGGUGCCAAAUAAAACAAUAUUAUAAUAAAAAUACUAAUUCGAGAUGUCGACGGGAACCGGGUUUGGUUUGGAGGAGAUCGGGAUACCUGGACGGGAUUAUCUUCGUGAAGCCCUGACUAAUUGUUCCGACCCACUCAAAGCAAUCGAGGAAUUUCAGUCUGAAAAUGAAAUUCUACUGCCGUCCCUUCGACCCAUGCUCCCUUUGCUAGAUUUACAUGGAACAUCAAGGCUGGACUUUCAUGUAGCCGUCAUGGAGGAAUUGAGAGACACCUUGAUAAAGAAGAUUAAUGAAAUUGGUACGAAAUGGGAGCCAAAGGAAAAGGACAAAAAAUUGAAGGAACUUUUGAGUAAAAGCUUUCCAGUCAUCAAAAUUAAGCCUCUACGACCAGUGGUUCUUUCAAUUUUAAAGAACAUGACCACAAUUAACGACAAAUAUUUAGACGUUAUUCUCAACGAUAAAGAUUUAUAUGAGCAAUGCGACACAGAGGUAAAGAGACAGAUUUGGAAGGAUAACCAAACGUUGUACGGGGAUCAAGUCACUCCUCUUUUUACGCAAUACACAAAGGAGAAAGAGCAAUGUUUAUUCAGUUAUGAGAACAAAGUCAAUUUGUUUUUUACUCAUUCGCCAAAGAUUCGAAGACAAGGGGAAGUUGUAAAGAAGCUGACGCACAUGAUUGGUAACAAUGUCAAAUUGUAUGACAUGGUUCUACAGUUUUUGAGAACACUAUUCGUGCGUACAAAGAAUGUUCAUUAUUGUUCUCUCCGUGCGGAACUACUCAUGGCACUUCACGAUGCUGAAGUUCAAGAGGUUAUGUCUGUUGACCCGUGCCACAAAUUUACGUGGUGUAUGGAUGCUUGUAUCAGGGAGAAGAAUAUGGAUGCGAAACGUUCCAGGGAGUUGCAGGGUUUUCUGGAUAGCAUCAAAAAGGGAGAAGAUAAGCUUCUUGGAGACUUGUCUGUCAUUCUUUGUGAUCCAUUUGCCAUCCACUUUUUGGCAACGACUUCAAUGAAAGUUAUGCAGACCAUUAUGAUAAAUGAAAGUUAUCCCCGAGAAAACCAUGUUUUAAUCCUACUGCUUCGUAUGCUGUCUUUGGGACUAAGCGCCAUUGACAUCUUGACUACUCAGCACUUUAAGGAGCCCAAAUUUGAUUCUCAAAUAGUUACCAAAUUCCUUCCUGCACUGUUGUCGCUCAUGGUGGAUGAUCAAGUCAGAAACUUGAAUGCCAAACUACCUCCUGACGAGCGUGAAUCCGCCAUCGCAAUUAUUGAGCAUUCGGGGCCUCCACCGGAUGCAUUCCAGGCGUAUGUCAAUGAUUCUGGAGUUGCGGCUACUUUGGCGAUGUACUACACCUUACAACUAGCUCGUCAAAAGGAUAAGGUCGGUUUGAUGCGGGUAUUGGGUUGCUUAUCCACUUCUUAUAGAAGUCAUUCGUAUGACGAUCCUUAUCUACAUUCACUGAUUUCUCUACUAAUCGGAAUCGAAGAUGAGUUUGCUGCUGAAGAUUUCUGUACAGUUGUUUUUGACGAAUUUUUAUGUCCUGGACUUCCUCAAGAAAAUGUGACGAAACAUCUCCUUCGGCUGGUCUACAACGUGUGUCAUAAACUGGGGACAACUCGAAUGGAAACCGUUCUGAAAACAUUGCAACCUUCAUCUAUGCAAACUGAAUCCCUUCGCGUCGCAUUUUCAGCGCUUGAAGAAAAAAUUAAUGCUAUCGAACAAGCUACUACCAAUAAACCCCCAGCUUCUCCACAUUAAUCUGUGUAUUUUAACUUAUUUAACUUAGCUUAAACUUAACUUUUUUAUCGUCUUUGCAUAUAACAUAAUGAGAGUGUAUGUAAUAAAAUUACUUUUGUUCAAAUGACUUUGAACCCAAGAGAAGUAGAA